AUGCCUUCGUCGUUUGUUUUGCCACAUUUGUCCCAGAUUAUCAAAUUAGAACCCGAGAAAGAGCCCUUUUGCGCUGGCUACGCCCCAUCCCAGGGUCGUCGCUGCCAUGCCUCAACAAAUGCAUACGGUCGCAGACGUGCUAUGAACCUACUAGACGAGGCCACAGAAGAGCUGCGCGCUGGAAGAUGCAUCGACGAUCUUCUCGAGGAGCUUGCCCCCCAUGUUUUGUGCAGAAGAUGGCAUCAGUCCCAGGCAUCGGACCUCAUCGCACGCUGGCAAAAGAAUAUUCGUUCAUUCAUGCGAUUGCAAUCACCAUUACGCAGAGAGUCAACCCCACAGUUUGUUAGACAGCCAACACGGGUAACGACCAGACCAGCCAGCAGAGAGCCCACAAGAGAUACCCCUUCGGAACUACGUUUGAUGAACGUCGAACAGCAAUGUUCUGAGCUAUACCAGACGCUUCAAGAAACUCUCGCGGUGCUUCAAAGACUUCAAGCUCAACAAACCCCAGUUCCGAUUCCAUCGUCUACAAGCGAGACUUCAAUUCCACGGGCACAGGACCGCAGCAAUGUUAUCACAAUUCGACACACGAGUACGAGUCAUGGCUCCGUUUCAAGCACACAAAGGCUACAAAGUCAAACAGUCGUGACGCAACCAGUGAACGCUUCAGGAGAAACCAGAGUGAGAGAUCGGGCACCUCGUCGGGACGAAUCAAGAUCUAGCUCUAGAUCCGCCACAAUAACCCCUGCGCUGCCGCGUCCGUCUCAGGCAAUCCUUCAAACUGAAGAAAGGGCAACACAUCAGACUACUGACUCAUCUUUGCGCCCAAAUGUGCAUGUUACUCGCCGAGUCAUCGAAGGUCCUUGUGGAAUUUGUCUGGAGGCAUUGAAAAGUACAGAACUCGAUGAUUCAGAUGAAGAGGAAGGGGAGAGUGAUGACAACGACAGUGAAAGUGACGAUGAACAUCGUGAAGAAAUUGGAGACCACAGUGACCAGGAAGACCUACACCUUGUUUUUUGCAAGGCUCAGUGCGGGAACAAUUUCCACGAUUCCUGCCUACGCGAAUGGUUGGAGCACUCCAUUCUGCCAACAUGCCCCAUGUGCCGGUGCUCAUGGGAAGAUUGA